CAAGAAAAGAACAAUUUUGGAACUUUUUAAAAGCUACUGCAUUUACCGCUGUAGUUGGAUAGGUUCACUUGGCUCUUUCAGCAUUCACUGUGGGCUGAUUUAUACUCGCGUCUGAUGAACACUGAUAACCGUUUGCCUUUAACUUCCUUUUUAACUUUUACCCUUAUUGACUGUCACCAUACACCCUGUUAAAGAAUUAUUUGCUUGAUGUAUUUUUUUUUUUUGCUCGUAGUUUCAUAAAUGUCACAGCUUCCUGUGGGAGGGAAAAAAGAAGUCUACCCAAUGAUGUUAUAAAAGCUGUCGUUCCAUUCGCUGAUUUUAAGACACAGUCACUCUCAGACACGGCCAAUGCAUAUUCUCCAGCAGAGCAUGGAAAUAGUUGUGUUUCUGUUUCCUCAAUUGAACUUUUCUGCCCCCAAAGAGGAGCCAUAUUUCAAAAUGCUGAGUUCUUCAGAUUUGCAGGGAAUAAAAAAGGCUGAAAAAAGUGGGGUUAAGGAGAAGGAGAAGAAGAACAGGUUUAGUUUACUUAUGACAAAGUCAGGAUCUCAUGAAAAUGUCAACCCACAAUCUGACCCUAUAAGUGUGGCCCCGGAAGAAGCUGUGAAGUGGUGUGAAUCCUUUGAUACCCUUCUUGCUCAUAAAGAUGGACUUCAAGUCUUCAGCAUGUUCCUAAAGUCACAAUUCAGUGAAGAAAAUAUUGAAUUCUGGCAGAUUUGUGAAGAUUUUAAGAAGACGAAGCCCUCUGCUAAACUGAGCUCUAAGGCUAAGAAGAUCUAUUCUGUUUAUGUUGAAACUGGGUCACCCAAGGAGAUAAACAUUGAUUAUUCCACAAGGGAAGCCAUUAAAAAGAAUCUGCUGAACCCAACACCAUCUUGUUUUGACUUGGCACAAACUAAAAUCUACAUCUUAAUGAAAAAAGACUGCUACCCCCGAUUCCUUAAAUCUGACUUUUAUUUAAACUUGAUUAAAACAACAAAACCACCAACGCCGCCUCACGGCAGCAUGUACCGAAGACGAUCGCGGUCCUGUAUCUUCAACGAUCGGAGCGAAGCAGAGGCAGAACUCGGCAUCUGGCUAUGAAGGUACCUAAAGGGCAUGAGAGAUUUCAGGCAAUCAUGAGGGAAAUAAUUGAAUGAAGAAGAGGCUGUAACAAGCUCACAAGAAAAGGACUUUAGGAUUCCCGUAGUGUGGGUUUUAAUCAUCAUUGGUAACUCAUGAUGCCAACUGAAUCUCUUAAAUGAAGCUGAACUGGCAUUCUUCUUUUCAAGUGUCUUGUAAAAGUGGCAUUUCUUAAAAUUACAAAGACCACUCUGUGCCGUGGCUAACAUAGCUGACUAACACCAGAAUUUAAAUGUUAAUGUUGCCUGAACAGAAUGCCAAGUGUUCAGUCUCCGGUGGGCCAUUAACGCAAUGGCAGCAGUCUUUGUUUUGGUAAAUCUGUGACUUUUCAGUGGUGACAUCCGUGACAGUGAUGAGUUAAACCAGGUUAGGGCUGGUAAAUACUUCUACAAUUUUCUUUUAAUAAUUUAACAAGCAAAGACGGAUUAUUGCUGACUGAACACUAGGCAUUUUGGGGUUUUUUUGUGAACUAAAGGCCAUGUUCAAAGCAUUCAUUUGUAUUUAUUUGUAUGUGUGUGAUUUAAUGAACGUUUAUUUGCAGUAGUCACUGUGAAUUUUAUUCAUGCAAGUGUUUGCAUGCAGUGCAGCCAAAAACGUCAGAUGUAAGAAAGAACGCUACUUGCUGUUUGAUCCCAUACAUCCAUUUUGUAAACCCACUCUGAUUGCAGCACCAGCCCUGAGUGGUAUGCCAGGCUAACUGGCCACACUCAUCCAUUCAUAAAGCCACUCUCCAGUAUCGGCACAAUUCUGCCAUGUGUAUCACGUAUGUGGCACCCCAAGCUAUGCUGUUUCUUUGACUACAUCUGUGCACCUGUUGUAUCCACCAUUUCCAAGUUUCUACACAUCUGCACAUUUGGGGCCUCACUGCAUUUGUAAUAAAAGUAAUAUUUUGGCAACACUUUAGUUGAGGUAUUGCAAAAACGCACCUAUUUACUCUUAUGUAACAAGACCUUAACACACACUCCUUGGGUCUCCAUAACACUUUUAAAGCAUCAGUAAAGUGUUUCUUCAUCU